AUGUCGCUUUCUUCCCUUCUCUCCCUAAUCCCCCUCCCCAUCGCCUCCCUCCUUGCAAUCCCCAUGCUAUCCUCUUGGUCCACCUCCCUAAAUCUGAUCUUCCUCUCCCUGGCCUGGACGACGCUCGCUGCAACCUACUCUCCUCUGCAGCUGGAGCUUUUUGGGCCUUUUGCGCUACGGCUAGCGCUGUAUAUCAUCCCCUCCCUAGCCUUCCUCGUCUUCGACAUUUGCGUGCCAAGCUUGGCUGUCGAGUUCAAAACGCAGGGCAAAUGGGGAAUUGCUACGAAUCAAAAGGGUGGGAAAGCAAAAGUCAGAAGGGUGGUCGCGUGGAGUGUGGCGAAUGUGGUGUUGUGCGUGGUGCUACAGGCUGCCAUCGAGUUCCUGGUUACCGAUAUUCUGAGAAUGAAGAGUUUGCUCAUGAUCAAGGGCAGUCGGUGGGGGCUAAAUCAUCUACCGAACCCAUGGUUGAUGGUUAAACAUGCGCUUCUUGGGAUUAUAUCACGAAAUGUGCUCCAGUAUUACAUCCAUACACACCUACUGCACUCGCCGAGCGGUGGUAGGUUGGCAGACUGGCAUACGAACUGGCAUCAUAGCGUUCAAGUCCCGUACUCAUUUGUCGCCGACUACGAUCACCCAGUGUGCCAUAUUCUACAUCGGUGGCUGCCGCUGUAUCUCCCUGCUAUUACGCUGCGGAUGCACAUCUUGACCUAUCUUCUUCUGGUCGCUUUCUUCAGUCUUGAAGAGACAUUCGUGUAUUCAGGGUACAACAUCCUCCCUUCAACUAUCAUGAUCCGUGGCAUGGCGCGCCGCACUGAUGCACACAUGCUCAGUGAAGGAGACGGCAACUAUGGGUCCAUUGGCGUGCUGGAUUGGUGUCACGGGACAACACUCGGAAAGGAUGUCAUAGAGGACUUGAAGGCGGAGAUGGAGAAGCACGAUGUGGAAGGGAAGAGUGGUAGAGCUAUUGAUGGAGUAGGGGAAGCAGCCGGGGGUUUGGCGGAUAAGUUCAGAUCAAAAGUCAGGAAGGGUAGAGGCAGAAAAUGA